UACAGUUACAGUUAAACUGCCUUACACGAUAGUCGAUACUCUGUACAUUUUGAUAUCUUCUGCAAAGAAAACUAAAAAAUCCAAAAAAACAAAUUUAAUUCAAUUUCCAUAAGUCAUAGGCCUAGAGCUAUCGUCAGUAGUGCCAUUAGUCAAAAAUUUAAAUAGUUAACUCGCCGUCUCAGUUUACAAGAAAGGAUAGGGAGCAUAAGAAGCACAUUUGUGCCUCUUGUUUAAAGGUUCUGUUUGUUUGAGCUGAAAAUGUUGGGUGUCAAUCCAUCUGGACGCUAUUUUCAACAUAGUCCUGGUCCUCAACAUUACAACCCUUAUCCACCCAUACAACAUGGAGGUCUUCCAUCUCUACCUUACCAUCCUACUGCCCCAUUCCGCAAUCAAAGCAGUGUUCAUCCCAUAUUUGAUGAAAGAGCUCACUCUACAAAACCUCGUGCUGGAGGAUUUAACUUUCCCCAUCCUGAAUCGUCAUUUGCUGAGUUACAAACCUUCUGUAACAGAACUAGACAAGCAACAGCAUCCCUUUCACAUCCACCAGUUCAUCAGACUCAGCCUCGGAAAAUAACAACUUUCCCAAAACCCCAUUCUUAUGGCCAUUGUUAUUAUGAUGAAGAAGAAGCCGAUUGGUUUGAUUUUGGUGAUGAAAUUCAAAUUCUUGAAGGGGACUCCCAGAUCACGGAACCAAGGUUUGAAAUGUUUCCUGUGCCCGAAGAACCUGUAGUCCCAUUCGAACUAUUGACGGUCGCCUUGAUGGAUGAUUACGAAUUCUAUUGCGAUGAUAAAGAUUUUAUCCAGGUAUACACAGACGGAUCGUACAUUAACGGUCGUUUUAAGCUGAUCGAUUCUGUUUCUGCAAUUGGAGUCUGGUUUGGACCAAAUCAUAAAUUAAAUGUCAGCCAGCCCACUCGACUCGGUGGUUACAACAGUGAUGGGGCAGAGUUAGAAGCCAUCAUUGAAGCAAUAAAAAUUGUCUGCUCCUGUGGUGUUGACAAGGUUCAAAUUAACACAGACAGUAAAAAUUCUGUUAGAUUUGUGACAUAUUUUAUUAGUAAAUGGGAAGCUAAUGGAUGGCGGAAUAUUAAAGGACUUCCUGUUCGAAACCAAAAUCUAAUUCGCCAACUGUACCAUUACACACAAUUGGUUACAAUUAAAUGGAAUUAUGUGCCAUCGUGUGGAGGAGUGCGCGGGAACGUCGAAGCGGACCGUCUGGCACGGAUUGCAUCUGCCGCUUGUGCAGGAAAAGGAAAAAGACAAAAUUUAUCAAUGAAGCGAACAUCAGAAGAUCCGCCCAGUCGAAUUAAUAACCGAAAGCUGCGGAGAUAUUGCCCGUAUUAAAAAAAAUUUUGUUUCGCUCGACGCUUGGGUAAAUCUUCACUUCGAGCUUCACCCAGCUCGGUUAUAAUCUAAAGAGUAGACGACUUGUUUUCUUUCUGAUUUUAUUUUACCAGUCUCUGGACUGCUUGCAAAUUUCACUUCGCGAUUGUUGUCUUUAGUUUUAUUAACAAGCAGUCAAACACUCUUUUGUUUAUGUAUUAAAUUUAUACUUUAGUAGACUGUGUGUUAUAGUUCACAUGCAGUUUUCUUUUGCCUCUCCGUUAAAAGAUAUGUAUGAAUGUAUGACAUCCUUUUUACUUCAGAUAUGUUUUGAACAAAUUACAAAUUUGAAAUCCUG